AUGGGAAAGAUCAUCCUAUUCUACAUCAUCUUCUACGCAGCCCUUAUAGGGUUCUUUGCUGCACUACUGGCUGUAUUUUAUCAGACUUUAGAUAUGAAAAAGCCUAAAUGGCAGUUGGAUAAAUCAGUUAUAGGAACAAAUCCAGGGCUGGGAUUCAGACCAAUGCCACCCUUAAUCGACGUUGAAAGUACUUUAAUCCGAUACAAAUACGAUAACAGGGGCAACAUUCAAUAUUGGAAAGAACAACUCGACGACUUCUUAUCAAUUUACAAGGCGAAGAAGGACGGCAACAGAACCAACGUUGAGAGUUGCAUCCAAGGAGUUUCUCCGGCUAAAGAUAAGGUUUGCGAACUUAUCAUUGAUGCCUCGUGGAAGCCAUGUUUACCGGAAUAUUUCUACAGUUUUAAUUCGUCCAAAAAAGGACCUUGCAUUUUCCUUAAACUGAAUAAGAUAUACGGAUGGAUUCCAGAAUACUAUAACUCAUCGUCGAUGCCGAAAAAUAUGCCACCAGAUCUACAGGAACACAUCAGGGAAUUGGAAAAGAAUUACAGUAUCCAUGGUUCAAGUGAAAUGCCGAACGUGCUCAAAACAGUGUGGGUUUCGUGCGAAGGCGAGAACCCCGGCGACAUGGAAAACAUCGGUCCAGUUAUCUAUUUCCCUCAGCGCGGAUUUGGAGGUCAGUAUUUUCCGUUUUUAAAUCAAGACAACUACUUGAGCCCACUGGUUGCCGUCAGUUUCGAAAGUCCUACCCGUGGCGUGACGAUCAACAUAGAAUGCAAAGCAUGGGCGAAGAAUAUCUAUCACGACAGAGUGGACCGACGAGGGUCCGUGCAUUUCGAACUAAUGGUAGAUUAUUAGAAAGCAGCCGUCGCCAACCCCGGCCUCCACCCUUAACCUGCCCUUCGUGAGGGUUCAGCGCCGGGGCCCCACAACUGCCAACUCACAAUAACACACACUUACACACAUACACACACAC